AUGCCCGAGACCCAGUCACUCUGGGUGGCUGCGAAAGCCAAACUCGACAAAGCUGACCAGCAGCUGCUAGAAUUUGACAGCGACAAUGGUAUCAAGCAAUCUCGACAAAAUGAAAAUAUAUUGGAGAGUCUCGAGCAAACUACUCAGGAAGCAUACGAUACAUGCGUCCACAAGAGAUGGAAAAUCACCAUCCCGGGAAAAGGGAAGAAAUUUAUCAUUCGUGACCUCCUGAGCAAAGUCGCGCACUGGAUCGAUCUAUUCAAAUCCGUGGGCGAUCAAAUCGUGCAGUAUGACCCAGGCCACGCUGCCUUACCGUGGGCUGGAGCCCGAUUUUUGCUGCAGAUGGCUAUCAAUGAUUUCAGCAAAUUCGAUUUCGUUGUGCAGGGUGCGGAAAGAAUCACUAAAAUGACGGCGCGAUACAAAAUUAUCGAGCAGAUUUACGUUCAAAAAGGCUCAGCUGCCUCAGAACAGCUUGAGCAGGCAGUUGUGGGGGUGUACGGCUCGAUCCUCAAAUAUCUUGUUGGAGCCAAGCGCUAUUUCGAACAUAAAACAGGAGGUGAGCUCACAUUGCCAGGGUCAAUUGUAACUGGGCAAAGCUCACAGCCUCUAGUGCGAAUUUUGAAAAGUGGCCUUUUUGGUCAGAAUGACUUCCAGGAACUUUUGGACAAAAUGGAAGCGGACGAAAGAUUGGUAGACCGGUGCGCGAGUUUGGUUCAAGGUGAGAUGAAUAAUGAGAUUUCCUCUCAUCUCGCGACCUUGUCAUUAGACAUGAGUACCAUUCAUUCACUGCAAGAUACGCUCAGUCGGAUGAAACAGCCAAUCUCACAGGCAUUCUUCCCCUUAAGCAAGGUUGAGGAUCAUUUAGACAGUAUACAGCGACGACAGAUGCUGGACUGGUUGUCUUCUCAGCCGUAUGUUGACCACCACGCCACGAUCAAAUUUAGAGUCCUGGACGGAACAUGCCAAUGGGUUUUGCAACAUGCAAGUUUCACUGAAUGGAAAGCCGAAAGCACAAACUCGCUGCUUUGGCUCCAUGGUGCUCAGGGUGCGGGCAAAAGCUGCUUAGCAUCAAUGGUCGUUGAGGAUGGUAUGAAUGUUUCCAGCCAGAUCGAAGACUUCGCUCAUGCCUACUUUUAUUGUUCUCGCAACACUGCUGAGCCCCAACGUGCAAAUGCACAGAGUAUUCUCGGAUGUAUUGCCCGUCAGCUUUCCAGUCCAUCUUCAAACCAGCCACUUGCUCCCCCAACACUUUCUCUUUACAGGAAAUUACACCUGGCAGAUGGUUCCACGAGAGUUCCUAGUCUGUAUCAAUGCCGUGACUUAAUUAUUGAACUGAGUGAAGCCCAUUCCCGGACCACUAUUGUGGUAGACGCUCUGGAUGAGUGCAGUAGGGAGGAGCGAGCAGAACUCGUCGAGGCACUGGAAUAUAUCAUCGACAACUCGACUAGUCUAGUCAAGAUCUUUGUCACUUCGCGUGAAGAAGGUGACUUGAGGUUAUCUAUCCAGGCACAUUCCGGGGUUCAAGUGACGUGGGUAGAGAAUGGGUCCGAUAUUGAGAAAUUUGUGAACUUUGAAACAGACAGGCUUGUGGCAAAGAACCAGCUACUUCCAUAUAUCCGAUUCAAAGCCACAAAAGAGAACCUGAAGGCAUUGAUCAAGGAAGACACUAUAUCUAAGGCCAACGGAAUGUUCCGUUGGGCCCAGUUGCAGCUGCAAAGCCUUCGUUGGAUUCGUACGGAGAGGGACAUUCGACUCGCUAUGUUAAGGAUCCCACGCCCUCUCAGCGAGCUAUACGAGGACCUUUACAGCAAGGCACUCGAAAGCACCGAAGACACAGAUCGGGCUUUGUUCCGAAACACGCUGAAAUGGAUGUUAUGCACGACGCGCGUUUUUGGUUGGGAAGACUUCUCCCAAGCUCUCACGAGCUUCGUGAAAAUUGAGGCAUACGAAAUCGAUGAAGACUUCAUCCUGGAUCUUCUCAGCAAUUUCGUAAUCUCUCAGACAACGCAAGAAGGAAAACGGACCUUCCGCUUCGCCCAUCUGUCGGUGCGAGAGUUUUUGGAAAACAAGUCUGAAUACUCCUCAAAAUCCAGCAACACCUUUGCCGCGGAAGUUUGUUUGUUGAGAUUGCUCGGUGCUUCCGGCUCGCCCAGCGCAGAACAAUUCCUCGGCAGACUAGACCUCAAUGUUCAAGACACCGUUACUUUCUCGGAAAUCGACUCUUACAAGAACGGCAUACAUGACUACUCCUUGCGAAAUUGGAAUGAACACUGUGUGGGUGCUGGCGAAAUGAAUCGAGCAAACGAGGAACUAUAUAUUUCUCGCCUCCUGCGCUAUUUUCUCUUUGAUGAUUCAGAUCCGAGCUGCCCAUUAAAGUGUUGGAUACGUUCUCGUCGGCGCCGCAAACUGGAAAACGAUCGCGGUGCGCAGUUUCUCCGGCUGUUACAAAAUUACCCUCGAUCGCGGGACCUGGGAUUUGUGCUUUCCUGCGUCUUCGGGUUCGGUGAAGUUCUUCGCCUCGACCACUACCAUGAGCUCGAUGAUAACGUCAAAGAAGCAUGUAUUCUGGCGGCCACGACAUACCACAAGUAUGAUAUUUUGGAGUAUUUGAUAGGAGAAACAACAGAACGAUUACUGAAAAAGCGCGUUUUGGAAGCUCUGGUCCGAAACAACGCCAUCGAGCCGCUCAAAUGGUUCUUGGGUCUUAUCGAGCCUGACCUGAUUACCGGAUCGGUCAUUGUGCAUACCUAUGGGGCAGAUCAAGAAACCAUUGAGCUGUUGCUUGAUCAUAAUAAAAAUCUCCACAUUACGACGGAGCUCAUUGAAGAAUGCGAAUAUUCUUACACCGCGAUUGAUGGACUUCUCCGCCGAGCCCCCGAUCUCUUAAUCACCCCUGAGAUACUCAAUAGUGCUAUAGCGGACAUGCCCAUUGAACGUCUGAGAGAAACUCUGGACAAGAAUGAUAGAUCAAUCAUUACAAGUGAUGUUAUCGGGACAGCUAGCUCGUGCGCGGGUUACAAAGACGGGAUGCGAGCCAAAAUAGAACUUUUGUUGGAACGCGCUGGGCAGACCAAAGGGACCGAGAGGGCUAUGAUGCGAGCCAUUGUCGAUAAUGGAAACACUGAGGUGAUUCAAAUUCUUCUUGAUCACGGUUGGCCGGUGACAGAAAAGGUUAUGGUCCAUGCUGCAAAAGAGGGAAUGGUUGUUUCUUUCCAGCUUCUGCUCAAGGCCGGAGGCCUAAUUACGUCCCAAGUCAUUGUUGGUGGAGCGCAGAAUGCUUAUGAUGGGGCUCGAAUGGUCAUGCUCCUUGUAUCCUUGAUGAACAGACCAUUGGACGAUGAAUUAUGGGUCCAGAUGAUGCUACAAUGCGCUCAGAUUCCAUUCCCCCAUUCGGAAAUCCUUCAAGCGCUCCUGGAAAUGAAACCUGAUCUGAUGAUCUCAGAAGAGGUUUUAAUUGCUUUCAUGAAAAAUCCCUACAAAGGGAACAGCAAUCUGGGUGUGAUUCUGGAGGACAACCGGGAGAUUCAGAUUACCGAUGCGGUGAUCGUGGCUGCAUUGAAAAGUUUGGACUACGACAAACCCAUGUUGAAACUUCUCGAUCGACAUGGCUCGACGACGGUUUCGAGCCAGAUGCUACUUGGAGCUGCUCAGAACAUUCAAUUCGGAGAUGAAAUGACAAAGCUUUUACUGCAGCGAACUGCAACGAUCGAGAAACCAUCCUCCAUGGUUGUUGACGCAGUUGUCAGUAAUUUGAUUUCAGGUUAUGCAACACUGCAGAUUCUGGAGAGCUAUUUCGGACAACUUGAUCUCUGUGAAGCGCAUGUGAAACCCGCGGCCGAGUCCGGAAACCAUUCUAUGCUAAGCUUGGUCUUGGAUCGAUGUUCAAUCACCGAGGCCACACCACCAGUAUUGUUAGCCACCGCGGCCAAGGGGAGUUUAGAGAUGAUGAAACAUCUUUUGAGACUAGACAAUGCUGUUGUUACCGAAGAAAUCCUGAUUGCGGCAUCAGGAAAUUACGACUGUAGCGUUGACAUGCUCAAGAUGCUUUGGAACUUCGCCCCACACAUUGGAGUUUGUCCUAAGAUGUUUUUGAACGUUCAGGAUUCAUCUCUUUAUUCGAGCGCCACGAUUGUUGGGUUUCUUUUUUCCCGGGUGAAAGAUUCCAGAUUGUGCCAGGAUAUUCUAGACGCAGUGAUGACGGCAAACCAUAUUCCAGACAGGUGGGACGAUUUGACAUCUGUGUCUAUUCUGAAUUGUGUCCUCGAGAGCGAAUUUGAAAUUGAAGUGACCGAUAAACUUGUGGUCAAUGCCUUGAAUGCAGGGCAUGGAUGGCUUUUAAGGAGUUUCUUUACCCACCGGACAAAUCUCGAAGUGUCACAGGAUAUGGUGAACACAGCAGUCGAGCUAGAAGACUAUCGGGCUCUGCAAGUGUUGGUCAGGCAUGCGAACUCGCCUGGAUUGGACUUGCAAGAUGCAAGGUUCAUUCUCGAUAAUUCAACGCCACCACCGUGGAGAUUCUUCGAUGAGUGA